GUGCCGGGCGGGGGAGGGGGGGCGGGGUGGACAGGUAGGAGCGACCUCGGCGCCGCGCUCCCGGAAGUACUGGGGUGUCCGACAUGGAGCCGGACCAGCGGCGCGCUCAGUAGCCUGGCCUAGGCAGGUGCCAUGGCCCUGAUUGAGGGGGUGGGGGACGAGGUGACUGUCCUUUUUGGGGCACUCCUCUGUCUCCUGGUGCUGGGCCUGGCCUGGAUCUCUACACACACCUCAGAACAAGGUGAUCUGCUGCCCCAGGACUCAGGGACCCCCUCCCCAACACAAUCCAGAGAGGCCACAGUAUCCACAGUCGGCAACAGCCAGGAUGCUUCAGGAUCCGAGGCCCCCACGCUGAGACACCGAAUACCAAACUUACAGUCAGAGUCUGGCACGGUAUCCCCAGAGGCACCAUCCCCCAGCUCUCAGCCAGGACCCUUGGUGCUUAGGCUGAAGUUCCUCAAUGACUCUGAGCAGGUGGCUAGAGCCUGGCCACAGGAUACCAUCGGCUCCUUGAAAAGGACCCAGUUUCCAGGCCAGGAACACCAAGUUCGACUCAUCUACCAAGGGCAGCUUCUCGGAGACGAUGCCCAGACGCUGGGCUCGCUUCACCUCCCCCCCAACUGCGUUCUCCACUGCCACGUGGCCGCCAGAGCAGGUCCCCAACACCCCGGCUGCCCACCGGGGUCAGAGACCGGCCCCUCGGGGUUGGGAGUGGGCAAUCUGCUGCUCCCCCUGCUGCUCCUCAUGCUGACGCUGCUUUGGUACUGCCAGAUCCAGUACCGACCCUUCUUUCCCCCCACCGCCACCCUGGGCCUGGCCGGCCUCACCCUGCUGGUCAGUCUCCUGGCCUUCGCAAUGUACCGCCGCUAGUGCCUGCCCGAGCCCAGGGCCAAAACCAACCGGGACCCCAUUCUCCGAGGCACAGCGGGAGCUGCUGCCUGCCCCGGCCCGCAGCUCGGCCGUGCCUCUUCCCCCUGCCCUGGGGCCCGGCUCUGCCCCGAGAGCUGCGGGGGCCCCCGGAGCCCACCCCGUGUGAGCAGCACUGCCCCCGGCCGGCUCCCGGGACCUCAGGCGCCCAUCCCCCUCUGAGGGCAGCGGCCUCCCAGCCGGGCGGCUGCUGUCCCUGCCUGGGGGUGCAGGGCGUGCCCAAGCCUUUGAGUCCCCCGAACGCCCAGCCUGCCCACGCGCCGUGACCGUUGCCAAUGACCGCCAGAGCUGCUUGGCCGGCCGCCCCGGGCUCGCCAGACAGGACCGUGCCGCCCGCGGCUCUGGUUCUUUGCAGAGACUUCUAUUAAACAAAAAUGUGAAUUCCCAGCGCUGCCGGCUGUGUGUGAGUCCGCGCACGAGGGUGUAGGGGCCGGGCACGGGCAGCCCGGGUCCGAGGAUCCCUGCGGCCCCCGGCCCCGACAGCUGCACCGGAGUCCGAUGGCCUGCGCCAGCAUUGAGCAGCUGUGCCCCCGGGGGCGGGUCGGCGGACCGGGGCCUGUUCCCGGCGGUGUUAGACUGUACUACCCACCUCACAGGGCUGUUGUGAGGGACGCGCUACAUAAACAGAAGCUGUUACUGUACGCGGCGCGGCCUUGGUCUUUGGGCAGCAGGGGGCGGGGCAGCGCGGCGGGAGAGAGCAAGGUCGGCCCCGCCCCCUCCUCCGUGCUCCGCUCUCUGGGCGCCUCGCAGGGGCAGACGGGAGCCACGUACUUGUAAGGUGGGGGAUCCGGCUGCCAUUGGCGGCGGGAGCGGCGGCCGAAGGGCUGCCGGGAAGAUGGCGGACUGGGCGGCAUCUGGCCUAUGACGGCCCGGCGCCGAGCGAGGGGCGGGCCCGGACGCCGGGUCCUGAGAGCGGCUCGCUAGCGCUUUUCUGCGGCGCCCGGGAAGGCAGGGACGGCGGGAUGCAGGCACGUCCUGCUCGGACGGCUGGGGCAUCCCUCCCACCGCACCCCGGCCCCGCGGCCUGGGAACCUUGGGCUAAUUAUCUCAACACUGUAGGCCUCAAUUUCCUCCUGGGUUCCUGCCAGCUGAGCCAGAAGGCUCCGUUAUAAACGCAGAUUUUGAGGCUAGGGUGGAGUGUGGGAUAGUGCAAGAAAGCCGUGGUUUGGCAAAGCCCGUUCGAGUCGUCUUCAAUUACUGUGGAAAACUAGGGAGCAGAACUAGGUCAUCUCCAAGUGCUCGGUGCCACCAGCCUGCGUCGGGGUCAUCUCGCUGACCGACCCCCCACUUAGACCAGAUGGUCUUUAAGGACCCUUCUACGAGCCAGUGAUAGAAUUUACGGAACGGCAAUGACAGCGUCUGGCCUGCCUAUCCUAGAGGAUUCAAAUGAGAGGGUCUGAGGGGUUCUGAAUUUGGGGGGUUACUUCCACAUACCCAUUAACUCGUUUUAUCCUAUUUCCAAACUAAAAUAAGAUGGCAUUUGCCUAAGGUCACACAAUUAAAUAGCAGAGCAGUCCAAACCCUGACCCCAGAUAUCCUAGGCUUCCCAGCUGACUGGACUGCUGAUGCAAGUCUUAGAUCAGCAGCCUAAAGUAAACCCCCUCCAAGAAUCGUCCCCUUGAUUGUGGUCAGUCUGGGAGCUGCUAACUUCCAGUAGCCUCAGGUAUGGUACCCUAUGUAAGAGAGACAGCAGAGGAGACUAAAUUCAUUCUGGCUAAGCCAGAGUAAGAAAAUAGGGAGCAACCCACCCUCUGGUGACAAAUUCUUAACUAUACAAGGCCUUCUACCUCAUCUGUUGGACAAAUCUUAUUCCUACCACCCUCCAAUCUCCUUGGUAUAGUUCCUGGGUCCCACCCUACCUCUUCUUGGUCCUCAUCCCGUUAUUAGCCCUUUGCUCAAGCCAUUCAUCUCCUCCUCACUACCUCAGUUCAUACCCUCCGACAUUCUUCUGCCUACAGAGAUCAUCCCUAUCCUUCCAAGCCCAUAUUAACUCCUGCUUCUUAUGUGAAACCUUCAGUUAUUUCCAACCACAAUAAUCUAGCCCUCUGAAUUCCUAGCACUUUUCUCCAUUUAAACUACUUUGAAUAAACUCAUUUGGCUCUUA